CCAGGGGUGUGUGUCACCUGCCCCAAGACUUGUUGAUUCCCAGGAGCGCCGGCUCUUCGGUGUGGGACCCCGAGUGGACCGGGGGACAGGCGCCCCAGCCCCGGGCCGCUGGCAACCAACUCCACAGCCAUGAGCAAGUUAGGCAAGUUCUUCAAAGGGGGCCGCACCUCCAAGGGGCAAGCUGCUCCCAGCGCCCAGGAGGCCCUGGUCCGACUUCGGGAGACCGAGGAGAUGCUGGGCAAGAAACAGGAGUACCUGGAGAGUCGGAUCCAGAGGGAGCUCGCCCUGGCCAGGAAGCACGGCUCGCAGAACAAGAGAGCUGCAUUGCAGGCACUAAAAAGGAAGAAGAGGUUUGAGAAGCAGCUUACUCAGAUCGAUGGCACCCUUUCUACCAUUGAGUUCCAGAGAGAAGCCCUGGAGAAUUCCCACACCAACACUGAGGUGUUACGAAACAUGGGCCUUGCAGCAAAAGCAAUGAAAGCCAUUCAUGAAAACAUGGAUCUGAACAAAAUCGAUGAUUUGAUGCAAGAGAUUACAGAGCAACAGGAUAUUGCCCAAGAAAUUUCGGAAGCAUUUUCUCAACGGGUUGGAUUUGGCGAUGGUUUUGAUGAGGAUGAGUUGAUGGCAGAACUUGAAGAAUUGGAGCAGGAGGAAUUAAAUAAGAAGAUGACAAAUAUCCGGCUUCCAAAUGUGCCUUCCUCUUCUCUCCCGGCACAGCCAGAUAGAAAGCAGAGUGCACAUAGGUCUCGCACAGCAUCUUCCAGAAGGACCGAAGAGGAAGAUGAUUUCAACGAACUGGCAGCUUGGGCUUCUUAUUAAACUAAAGUGGAAUUUUUGGACACAUAUUAAUGAACUACAUAUAUAAGAUAUAAGAAUAUUUUUGCCAAGUUCAGAAGUUAACAGAUAUCCUGUUUUAUAUUUACACUUGAUGAAUAAUUGCCUUUUAAGUUUCAUAAUUAAAAAUUAAGGGGCCGGGGAUUUAGCUCAGUGGUUCCGUUGCCUGCCUCGCAAGCGCAAGGACCCGAGUUCGACCCUGGUACCAAAAAAAAAAAAUAGUCUUUAUAAUUAAAAAUUAAGAAAGGAGUCAUGUGUAGACAUAGAAUCUACACAGGUCUUAGAGAAUCCCUCCAUAUGAAUGGGGUGGGGUCAUUGUACGUCUACUUGGUCACUACUGUAUUUCCAGUCUUGGCAUGUAGUUGACGCUUUCUAUAUAUAUUUGUUGGAAGGAAACUGAAUUCUACUGACAUAGCAGACAUACAACAGUUUAAAGUUGUUGAUUAAGGAUACAUUUAGGAAAGCUGGGGAAAAUUUCCUUACAUUGUAACUGCCAGGUUCAUGGGUGUAUUUAUCAUCAAUAGUAAACAGAAAUACAUUGUAUCUCUUUUAGGGGAGAUUUCUUGCUCCAAAGUUGUGUAUAAGUCUAUGUACAUGUAGUUGCACUUGAGUUUUGCAAUUUAAAACUUUAAGGAGCUUUAAUUGACAUUUAUUAUCCCAAUUAGGCUUGGAAUGGGGCAAUGGAUGCAUUUUCCAAAAUGUCUGAAAGCUCUAACAGCUUACACUGCUGAGCAAGAAUCUCCUGGGUGUAAUUUAGAUACUUAGGGAUCUGCGUUAACACUUCCAGGCCAUUAUGAUGCUGUUAUAGCUUCAAUGUACUAAAUGUGGGAGUGUUUAUUCUUUUCUGUUUUGUGCUCUUUUGUAGUUUUUUUACACUUUGCAGCAUAUACUUUGUAAAUACAGAAAAUACUGGCAUUUAAAAGUAUAUCUUGAAUAAUAUUUUGGCCAUAUUUAUUUUAAAAUCAAAACAAAUUAUAUAAUUAUGUAUUACCUAUAAUAGACCUUAAAAUGGCAAAUACCAUUACAGAAAAUGUUCUAGUAUUCUCUACAUUUGCUUAGUAGUGUAGUAGAAUAGAAAGAGUGCUAGAUCCAAAGAUAAGAAGCCCUGGUUUUAGUCUCCGGUGUGCCACGAGCAUGUGUCAUAAGCUUUCUGAGCUUCUGUUUCUUCACUGGGGAAUCUAAGAGCUGGACUCCAUGAUCCCUAGUGGUUCCAUUCCAUCUUAGGUCUUUGGCAACCUUCUUACCCUUCAGAACGUGAAGACCAGAUCUUUCUUUUUCCUCAAGUCCUAGUUAAAAUGACCUUUGUUUGGGGAAACUUCUUGCUUUCCCAGACUAAAUUAGGGCUUCCUGCUAUAUGCUUUCAUGGCUCUCUGCAGUCUCUUCUUUCACGUUUCAUGAUUAUAUUACAUCUUUACUUGAAUGAUCACUUAAUUAUUGUUUUUUCCUGUUGAAAUGCAGUAACCAUGAGAGCAGAGACUGUAUAUCUUUUAGUCCAAUCGUCCAUGCCCAGCACUCUGCACCAUUUCUCAUACACAGCAGGAAUUCAAUCAAUAUUUAUUGAAUGAACAGAAUUGAGCUUUUAUAUCUUUUGGUACAAUAGCAUAACAGGAACUAGAUUUAUCUUCUGCCCUUAAACAACUAGAAAACUGGACAAAGUAUAGAAAACAACCAUUUUCUGACAUUGGGCAAUGGGCAAUGCUGGCGGUAAUUCCCAACAGAAGGGAAACCAGUGCCCUGGCUCAGUGCCUUCCAAGGGUGAGGACCCAGACAGAGCCUUGUGGUCUUGAACUGUGGUCUGAAUGUUUGCCUCCCACCCCUAUUCUUACAGUGUAAUCCUAUCCUAAUCCCCAAGAUAACGGUAGUAGGAGAUGAGGCCUUUUGGAAGAUGACUAAGUCAUGAGGGUAGAGCCUCAGGGAUGGGAUUAGUGGUCUUAUAAAAUAGGCCCAAAGGAGCUUGUUCAUAACCUUUAGUGUGUUCAAGUGAGAACACAGGACAAGGAACUAUUUAUAAAUCAGAGUGAGGAGCCCUCACCAGACACAAUGUCUGCUGAUGCCUUGAUCCCAGGCUUCUAGUAUCUUCUAGAGUCUGAUGCCUCUAAUACUAUGAGAUCUAAAUUUUGUUUUAGAUAAGCUUCCAGGCUGUGGUGUUUCAUUAUGGCAGUUCCUACAGAUUAAGACUGAGAAAGAGUACAAGAAGACUACAAGGAGAGGGAUCCUUCAAGUUUUUGGCUUCUGUAUGUGUGUAAGGAAACUACUGAGGCUGAGAGGAACUGGUAGAAAGAUACCAGCAGAUCAAUCCUCAGAGCUUCCACAGGGUCCCACAGAGGUGCCACCAACCAGAGUGGAAAGAUUUCCUAAUAUGGGGGAGUCCUCAGAGGGAUGUUGCCUCAGUAAUAGGUUCAAAUUUUAUCUAGGCUGAAGGCUACUUGGGUCUGCCUUAAAAAACCUUAAGAAGGCCGGGGAUUUAGCUCAGUGGUUUUGCCGCCUGCUCCGCAAGCGCAAAGACCUGAGUUCAAUCCCCGGUACCAAAAAAAAAACCCUUAAGAAGUAAGCCUCAAAAUGAUCAAAUGAUUCCAAGUGACUGAACAACAUUUCAGAAAAAAACCCUCUUCAAUACUUAAAGGAAUAUAAAAAUUAAUAACAAUAACAAAAUAAUUCAAACAAAGCUCAAGCAUAUAGUAGUAUAACAUUUCCAAAGCCCAGCAUUUUUCAGGAAAUUUCAGUCAUGCAAAGCAGAGAAGUGUAACCAAUAACAAAGAGAAACAUCAUAUAGGAAGAAGAGACUCAGAAGUGACAUAGACAAGAGAAGACAAGAAUGUUAAAGCAGCUUUUAUAAAUAUUCUCCCUGUGUUGGCUAAAAUAACUGUAAUAAAUAUGUUCCAUAACUUCAAGAAAGGAGAAGAAAGCAUAAAUAUAGAAUAUCAUAGAUGGUAUUAACAGUUUUGACACUGCCCCCCACAAAUGUUUCCACCUGAAAGCAUUGUAACAGAAACCACCCUAAAUAAAACAGAGAAAAGACUGGGAAAAAAAUAUACAAGAAGAAAAACAAAACGAGAGCUCAGGAACAUAUUAAGCCACCUAUCUUAUAGGUAAUUGGGGUCUUGGAGUGGUGUAGGAGGGCUGGGAGGCUGAGUUGGAAGUUACUUGAGGAAGGUAACAGGAGAGAAAAAACAUGAUUAGAGAAAUAAUGGCCCAAAAUUUCCAAAUUUGAUGAAAACUAUAGAGAUACAAUUUAGUGAGACUGCUGCUAUAACAAGGUAUAUGAGAGUGGGUCAUUUAUAAAGAAGGUCAUUUGGCUCACAGUUCUGGAGACUGAGAAGUCCCAGAGUAUGGUGCCAGCAUCUGUGUGUCCUGUGGUGAGGGCCUUUUUGCUGUCUCAAAGCAUGGUGGAGGGCAUCGCAUCUGACACAGAGCAAGCAUGCUAGCUUGGACUCUCUUCUUAGAAAGCCACAAAGGCCGUCAUAGGGGACCCAUUCUUGGGACUUCAUCAAAUCAUUUCCCAGAGAUCCCUCCUCAAAAUACCAUUAACAUGUGAAUUUGAGGGCUAAGAUUCCAACACAUGAGCUUUUAGGGGACACAUUCAAAUGAUCUUAAGACCUCAAGUAGAAAUCCUUGUCUUUCAAUGACAAAAGUUACUGUGGCAUGUUUAAAAUGUUAGAACCUCCCGAGUGAGAACUCACAGAUGUUUGAACAUUUCUUCUAAUCCUGAUUAAACACACAUGCCUGGAGAGUUCAUUAGCCACGUGAAAUGAACACUUGAAAUGUGGCUAGUACAACAGAGUAAAUGCAUUUUAAUUGCAUUUAAUUUCAGUUAAUUUAAAUUUAAAAACCAGUACUAAAUUAAUUUAUUAAAAAACUUUGAUUAUGUUUGAAAAACUUGGCUAUGCAAAUCAACUGUUUUUACUGUAAAACUUAUGAAAUCUAUAUACUGACCAGGUAUUUCUAGUGGAAAUUUGCAUCUGAUUUGAGAUGUGUUCAAAGUGUAAAUUACACAUUGGGUCUCAAAGACUUUGUAUAAUUUUAUAUAGAUCACAUGUUGAACUAUUAUUUUAGAUGAACUGGGUUAAAUAAAAUGUGUUAAAUAUAACUUCA